AUACUCGCUUUUCCUUCUUAUACUCGCCUUUCCUUCUUAUACUCGCCUUUCCUUCUUAUACUCGCCUUUCCUUCUUAUACUCGCCUUUCCUUCGUAUACUCGCCUUUCCUUCGUAUACUCGCCUUUCCUUCGUAUACUCGCCUUUCCUUCGUAUACUCGCCUUUCCUUCGUAUACUCGCCUUUCCUUCGUAUACUCGCCUUUCCUUCGUAUACUCGCCUUUCCUUCGUAUACUCUCCUUUCCUUCUUAUACUCGCCUUUCCUUCUUAUACUCGCCUUUCCUUCUCAUACUCGCUUUUCCUUCUUAUACUCGCUUUUCCUUCUUAUACUCGCUUUUCCUUCUUAUACUACUCGCUUUUCCUUCUUAUACUCGCUUUUCCUUCUUAUACUCGCUUUUCCUUCUUAUACUCGCUUUUCCUUCUUAUACUCGCUUUUCCUUCUUAUACUCGCUUUUCCUUCUUAUACUCGCUUUUCCUUCUUAUACUCGCUUUUCCUUCUUAUACUCGCUUUUCCUUCUUAUACUCGCUUUUCCUUCUUAUACUCGCUUUUCCUUCUUAUACUCGGUUUUCUCCUCUCUGUUGCACACGUGGUGCGUGCCUGCCAUGCUUUUGAGGCGCCUCAAAAGCACUCUCUGUCGCACACGUGGUGUGUUCCUGCCAUGUGUGCUUGUCUUCUCACACCUCAAGGCUGAAGUAUACUCGUCUUCUCACACCUCAAGUAAUCCACUUGUAAUAAGUCUAUUUUGUGACGACUCAAAAAUAGACUCAUUACACACGGAUAGUCCACUCCCCUUUCACAACCAUCCAUUGCCAUUUCCAGCUCUUGCAUUUUUGCCGUUUCCAGCUGACUUUUGAGUCGACUCAAAAGUCAGCUCUUGCAUAUUCGCUGUUUCCAGCUCUUGCUCUUUCAGAGCACCCCAGCCUCUCUCCCUUCUGUUUCCAGCUGUCGCAUCAACUGUGGCGAAUGCUCGCAGUCUUUCGCUCUCAGAGCGCCCAGCCCAGCCCAGGCCUCUCUCCCGCCUCCUCCCCAAGAACCUCCCGCUCUUCCUUCCCCUCCCCCUCAUUCUCCCCCUUCCCCCCCUCCAUCCCUCCCAUCCCCAUCCCCCCUCCCCCACUCAUUCCGCCAAGCCGUCCCCCAAACCGUCCCCCUACCCCUUCCCCUGUCUCCCUCCUUCCGUCUCCGCCUCCCUUCCCCUCCCCCCCCAACUUCCUCCCUCCCCCGCCCUCAGACUCCCUUAAUAUGACCAACACCACUGAGCCACCCCCCCCCUCGCUCCCCAAAUCUCCUCCUCCCCCCUCUCUUCUCCCCCCUCCCCCACUUCCCCCUACUCCCCAACUCUCCCCCUCCCCUCCGCCCUCCUCUCCCCCAUCGUCGCCCACUCCCCCGCCCUUCUCAUCCCCCUCACCACCCCCCACUCCUCCGUUCACCCUCGGCCCAGUCCUUCCGGCGCCUGUCCUCUCCCCUCCUCAUCCCCCUCCCCACCCUCCUCCCUCUCCCCCUCCUCUAGAUAUUCCCCCUUCGCCCCUCAUUCCUCUCCUCCCACCCAGACCUCCCCCACUCCCCCCUUCCCCACUCCCCCCUUCCCCACUCCCCCCUUCCCCACUCCCCCCUUCCCCACUCCCCCCUUCCCCACUCUCCCCUUCCCCACUCCCCCCUUCUCUAUACCCUCCCCCCUCCCCCUCUCCACUCUCCCCCCCUGCUCUCUCCCCCCCUCCUCCUACUACAUCCCCACCCCCUACAGCACAACCGCCAACCCAGCCCCCCAUACCAGAACCCCCACCAGCAAAACCACCUCCGUUACACUCACCCCCAUUACCAUCUCCUCCGCUACAGUCACCACCACUGAAGCCACCACCUGAGAUUCCACCUGCCCGUGCACCAGCGCCUCCCCCUCCCCACCCCGCAUUCCUGCCCCACCCCAACUCCUCCCACGCCCCUGUGACGAUAUGGAAGCCUCCGCCUGCGCCUGUGCUGCCGCCCCCGCCCCUGCUGCUGCCGCCACCACCACCGGAUAGCAGGAACUGCCCCGCCUGCCCUGACACCUACGUCCUUCUCCCCGCCCCAUCCGCCUCCUCCUCUCCUGCGCCCUCCGCCCCUCCCCCCUGCACCUGUGGCCUCCCUAUGAUCGCUGUUAUCAAGCUCUACGCCGACUUCGACUCCUUCCUGCAGAACCUCCCCACCUUCACUGCCCAAACGGCUGCAUCUCUGGCUCUUCAAAAGGAACAGGUUGAGGUCUGGGCUGUCAACUACGACCCUGACCCUGCUGCUCUAGACGUCACGGUUUACCUCUUGCCCCUCCUCUCCUCCUCCCCCUCUGCUGCUGCUGCUGCUGCUGCGUCAACUGCUGCAGCGGCAGCGAUUGGUGCUUCAGCGGCAGCGAUUGGUGCUUCAGCGGCGGCAUUAACGCCUGGAUCGGCAGCAGAAGCAGGAGAAACCGCAUCCGUGACAGCAGCUACGGAAGCAGCAGAAUUAACCGCAUCCGCAGCAGAAGCAGGAGAAACCGCAUCUGCAACAGCAGCUACGGAAGCAGCAGCAUUAACCGCAGCCGUAACCGCAGCAGAAGCAGCCACAGAAGCAGAAGCAGCAGCGGUGGCAUCGACUGCAGCAGCAACCACGACCUCCUGGCGACCCUUGUCCGCCCCACCGGGGCUCCCCUCCCAGUCGCACCACUCCUCUUCGUCGGGCAAAGCCAGUCGCCUCCUACAGUCCUCCUCCCGCCUACCUCUCGCCCCUGCCGCCCAGCAGCCCCUCACGGAUCGGCUUAGUGUGGCAGAAGUGGAUCGAAUCCGACGGCUGCUGUUGAACGGAUCUCUGCUGCUCGACCGCCAACUGUUUGGGGCGUACGAAAUUAUUCUGGUGCUCAACCCAGGCCAACGCCCGCCACCCCCUCCUCCUCUGCCUUUCCCCUCGACCUCUCCCACUCCUCUAAUCCCCUCCUCCCCUCCCUCCUCUUCCUCCUCCUCCCCCUCCUCCUCUCCCUUCUCCAACCCACCCCCUCCUCCUGCCUCUGGAAUGCCUUACUGGAAGGUGAUGAUCAUAUUCGUUCUCCCAGCCUUAGUUCUCGCGAUUAUAGCGCUCUGUGUGCUGGUUUGGUGUGUUACGAGGCGGCCGUGGGAGCGGGUGGGGAGGGGGGUUGCGAAACUGGUGGCGGGCGCGAGAAGCAGAGGAGAGAAGGGGGGAGGCGGAAGGGGAGAGAGAGGAGGGGGGGUUGGUGCGAGGACAGGAGAGGGGGGUUGGAGGGAGGGGAAUGAGGAGAGGACAGGGUGGGAGCGAGGGGGGAGAGUGGGUGAGGACGGGCAGAGGGAGGAGAGGGAUGAUGAGAGUAGGGCGAGAGUGAGAGGGGGUGUUGGGCGGGUAGGGAGAGGUGGGGAGGUGGAGGAGGAGGAGGAAAAUGGGGGGGAGAGUGAUGACGAUCAUUACACACCUCUUGCAUCAGAGGCACAUGUGCUUUUGGCUGGUGAGAUAAGAAGGGAGAGAGCUGAUAGCUCUACUGGUGCUGGGCCCAUAGCAGCAGAUAUACUUGGGGGGGAUGCAUCAGCGGCAGCGGCAGCGGCAGCAGGAGUAGCAAUGGGGGCUGCAGGAGUGGUAGAAACAGCAGCAGCAGUAGCAGCAGGCAUGGGCAAAACAGCUUAUGGCGGAGCCCCUAGGGGAGCGAACCCCCCCAGGGGAGUGAAUCCCCCUAGACCGGCUCUAGCCCCCUUUGGCGAAGCCACCUUCUCGUUCUCCCUCGCAGAAAUGCACGCAGCCACCGGUGGUUUCCACCCGAGCAACCUGAUUGGCCGAGGCGGGUCCAGCCAGGUGUUCCGAGGGUGCUUGCCGGACGGCACACUCGUGGCCGUGAAAAGAUUGGAUUUGCCGCCCAAUUCCAGAUUCGAUUCUGGGUUGGAUACUGAGGAGGUAGGGGGUGGGGUUGGAGGGGAGGGGAGGGAGAGAGGAAGGAGGGGAGGAGAGGGGGAGAGGGGGAGGAUGGGGAGGAGGGAGAGGAGUGGGAGAGGGGAGGGGGAUCAACAGGGGGAGAGGGACUUUCUAUCAGAGGCUCGAUUGCUAAGCCGGCUGAACCACAAGAACGUGGUGAAGCUUCUGGGAAUCUGCGAUGAGGGCGGCGUGCGUUGUCUGGUCUUCCAGCUGGCGGAGAACGGCAGCCUGAGGGUGCACUUGCAUCGGGGGCACGACAGAACCCCCACCACCCCCCACCACCUCCAAGAGCAAGCACCCACGGGCGACGCCCAGGGGAGACCCCCCACCACCUCCAUCACCCCCGCCGCCUCCAUUACCCCCACCCCCUCCGUCAACCCCGCCCCGAUCGUUCUAGACUGGGCCAUGAGGCUGAGAAUAGCGCUGGGUACGGCGCAGGGGCUGGCUUACCUGCAUGAGGACUCCAGUCCGCGGAUCAUCCACCGCGACUUCAAGACGUCCAAUAUUCUGCUGGACGCGGAUCUGACGGCCAGGGUGGCGGAUCUCGGACUGGCUAGGGCGGUUGGGGAUGGGGUGAGGGGAGGGAGUGCGGGCGGGAGGUUAGGCGGGGAUGGAGAGGAGGAGGAGGAGCGACGGGAGGGGGAGGGGGCCGGGAAGGGAAGGGAGGAGAGUGGGGAGGGGGGAGUUGGAAGGGAGGGCCAAGACAGGGCUAUGGAGCUGGGGGAGGGGGGGCAAGGGGGGGGUGUGGAGUCCCGGCACAUGCGGGGCACGUUUGGGUACAUGGCGCCGGAGUAUGCUUUAACCGGCCGAGUGCAGACAAAGAGCGACGUGUUCAGCUUCGGGGUGGUGCUGCUUGAGCUGCUGUCCGGCCGCCCCGCCCUCACAUCCCUAGAGCCCACGUCUUACAAGUCACCGAUAGGCUCAUCUCUCUCCAGCUCUGCUGCCGCCGAGGCAAAUGCAUCCGAUGCAGGGGGGCCAGCGGCUGUAGGGGAUGCAGCAGCAGCUGUGGCAGUGGCAAUCCCUAGACCAGGCGUCUCGAGCAUUGUGGCUUGGGCGAAGCCCCUCCUCUCCUCCAAACAAGGUUUGAGGCAGUUUGCCGACCCUCUCCUGGGCGGCAGCUACCCGCUUGAAGCCAUGGCCCGGGCAGCAGCUAUUGCCCUGCGGUGCACGGCGAAUGAGCCCUCAGCUCGCCCAGCCAUGGGGGAUGUCGUUCAGGCCCUUCGGUCCAUUGCAUUCGAACACUCUCCAAUGACCCGAGCACUGAUCAAUCCGGUGCCUUACUCUACCACCUCCUCCUCCCACCCCUCUCCAACCUCCUCAACCUCCUCCACCUCACACCAGCCAUACCAGCACCUACAGCAGCACCAGCAGCAGCGGCUGCUUGACCAGGCAUCAAGCGCACGGCAAAGCAACCACCUCCGCCACCGCAGCUACCAGCAGCAGCAGCAGCAGCAGUAUCAACAUCACUCAGCUUCACCUAAUCCCCUGCCUUUCCCACCUCUCCUCACUCCCAAUCCCUUCCUCCCUCCCUCCACCACCACCACCACUACAGCAGCAGCUGGUGCUGCUCCCUCUACCCCUCUCUCGCCCCAUACAUAUAUCAAUGUCCGCUCCUCUCCUCCCCAUCACCUCUCCUCGUCACCCCCCCCCUAUCCUGUUCCCCAAUCCCACUUCGCCCAUUCCCAAACCGCUCCGUCUCCUUCUACCAUCCCUCCUCUGGUUCUGCCCCCUACUCAAUCUCAAGCCUACUCCCCCCACCCCUCCAUUCCCCAUUUCGAAACGGCUCAACAUCCCCUCACCUCUCACCAACAACCCAUCACCGCUCUCCACCUAUCCGCACCGCUUCAACCACUCGCCGGCCGCUCCAGAAGCCAAUCCGUUACAGCGGAAUCUUUCCUGCUGAGAUCUGAUCUGGCGCGCUCUGAUUCGCUCGGAGCAGGUCGGGCCAGGCAGACCGCAGCAGAUGUCAGCAGUAGCAGAGACGUUGCUGGAAGUGCUACUAGUGGCGUUACAUGGUGGGAUGAUCGCAACAACUGCAGUGGGAGGGAUGACGCCGGUGGUUGUGUUAGACGAUGGUCUGUGGAUCUCUCUUACUUAGCCAGACUUGAUCCUCAAUCCUUGCCAUCUGCAUGUGCCUCUGCCUCUGCUGCCUCUGACUCUGUGGCCCCAUACGGGCCAACGCCCUGGCCCUUGCAUCCUUCGUCCAUGCAAGGAACAGCAGCAGCAGCGGCAGCAGCAGCAGGAGGAGGGGGGGGAGGGGGGGAGGCAGCAAGAGGAGUAGGAGGCAGUGCAAGAGCAUCCCAAGCUAUCAACCUUCCAAGCAGAACCUCCCACUCCCACACUCUCGCCUCCUCCUCUCGCCCCACUCACUCCCACUCCAUCCACUUCCCUCACUCCACUCCACACUCCCUCCCCCGCUUCCCCCCCUCACCCUCUCACUCACCCCACUCCUCCCACUACUCUCACUCGCUCCCCUCUCCCUCCGCCUCUCCCCUCACCAAUCAGUACUUCGAAGCUGCUGCAUCCCCCUCUGCUUCUCUCUAUGCUUCCCCCGCGGCUGCCACGGCUUCCCCCUUGCCUCUGGGUGCUCUCUCGCCGACCGAGCGAGCUGUCAUGCCGAGACUGCUCAGAAUGAGCAUCAGGGGCCUCGACUACAGUGGUGACAUGGCUCUGGAUCCCCCCUCUACAUUACACGCUUACAGCCAGCCGCCCUCACAGGAAUUUUCCGGCGCAUUCUCACUUGAUGACUCUAUUGCGAGUGGCAGCAGCACCAGCUUCGUUGACAGAGACCAUACCAGCAGCAACAGGAUUGCCACCAGCAGCAGCACCAGGGAUCCCAGCAGCAGCAGCAACAGGGAUCCCAGCAGCAGCACCAGCAGACAUGUGCCCCCUUACCAGAGCUCAACAAUCGGAGUUGGACCAUUGGCAGGAGAUCCACGCCCAGUUGGCCCUGCUGCAACAUCCGUAACUGACCCGGUUACCAGUGACGACGAUAACCUACCACUACUGAGACGACAACCGCAAUAAUGUGCCCUAGAUGGAGAGCUUCAAAGCCUUUUGCAGGUUUCUUGUUUGGUUUGCCUGGCAAUAAGGUGGUACUACUACCGAUACCACAGUGCUCCUUUGCCAAUGCACCGGUAGGCUUUGUGUGCACCAGUUGACUUAUUUCAAACAUUGAUACGUAUUGGCAUCAAGUUCCAUCUGGAAUCAAGUGUUGCUACGAUUCAAGGGCCAUGACCUUUCACACCUAC